GAGCAGCAUCGAGUAUCACGCGACGAGCCAGAACCGGAACCGGAAGAAAACAAGAAAUCUGCCUCAGCUCGACACGGCUGAUCUGUAAACAAGGAAGAUGAAAGAUUUAAUACCAAUAAACUGGGUUAAACUUCUAAUCCCAGCUUUAUUCUACACAUGCGUGUGCUCCAGCUCAGUGGAACAGAAGAUCUAUGUGGAACUCAAUCAAACGGUUCCUUGUGUCCGGCUGCUGAACGCCACGCAUCAGAUCGGCUGCCAGUCGUCUAUGUCAGGAGAUACAGGAGUCCUUCAUGUGCUGGAGACCGAGUCAGACCUGGACUGGAUCCUCAGCUUAGGACCACAUCCUCCUUACAUGGUGAUCAUGGAGACGAGCUUCUUCAACAGGUCGGUCAUGAUGAGGAUGAAGAACUCCUCCAGAGUGGCUGGAGUGGCUGUGAUCGUCUCAAAAACAGGACUUGCUGAUAAUUUCUCACCUCACACGACCUGCCCAAACCAGAACACAGGUGUGUACAGUGAGAAUUAUGGCCCUGAUCUGGCGAACUGUAACGUGACCGUGUGGAAUCCCUUCGGGAACGGACUUUCCUACGAAGACUUCGCUUUCCCUGUGUUUGCUCUGAAAGAUGAGAAUCAGACUCAGGUCAUCCGUAAGUGUUACGAGGAUCAUAACCAGCGUGUGAAUGGAAGCGCUCCUCAGUAUCCUCUGUGUGCCAUGCAGCUCUUCUCACACAUGCAUGCUGUGACGGACACCGUGACCUGCAUGAGACGCACAGACCUGCAGAACCGAUUCAGUAUCAACCCAGAGGUCCUGUGUGACCCUCUGAGUGAUUUUAACGUCUGGACGUCCACUCGGCUGCUCAACAACAGCGCCAAGGGCCACGCAGCCAACGAGAGCGUCGUCAUCGCUGCGACACGACUCGACGGCAGGUCGUUUUUCUGGGAGCAGGCUCCGGCCGCCGAAGGAACCGUGUCUGGAAUCGUCACCCUAUUGGCCGCCAUUCAAGCACUCUAUCCUGUCACUCAAGAAGCCCCGCCCACUCGCAAUAUCUUCUUCAGCUUCUUCCAAGGGGAAGCCUUUGACUACAUUGGCAGCUCAAAAAUGGUGUAUGACAUGAAAAGAAAUGAUUUUGUUAUUGACUUGGACAAUGUGCACUCCAUGCUGGAAAUUGGGCAGGUCGGCCUGCACAGUGGGCGGAGCCUCUGGAUGCACUCUGACCCCAUAUCCCGCCGAGACAAGAGUGUGGACACAGAGGUGUCCGAGAUGAUGGCCAGGAUGCGGUCAGCUUCUGUUGGUCUGAACCUCACAGUGGAUGAUCUGACGGUCAGUCAGCCGCUGCCGCCCUCGUCCUUCCAGCGCUUCCUGCGAGAGAGACAGAUCCCAGGCCUGGUGCUGGCAGACCACAACACAUCAUUCAUCAACAGAUACUACGAGAGCAUGUACGACGACGCAGAGAACCUGAACGUGAUGUAUCCUCCCGGCCUGAGUCCAGACGAGCAGCUGGUGUACGAGACGGACGCAGCCAAGUCUCUGGCUGAAGUGGCCACACUAGUCGCUCGCUCACUCUAUGUCCAGGCCGGAGGAAACGAGAGCAACCUGAACAACAUCACCGCCGACCCCAAGAUUGUGGCUCAGUUGCUGUAUGGGUUUGUGAUUCAGAAGAAUAACAGCUGGUUUCGGUCGCUGCUGCCUCCUGAAGUCACCAAGAAAGGAGUCAACAGCCUCCUCAGUUCUGGUCCUCCUCAGUUCUACAUUGGUCUCGGUCCUCGUGUCCACGGUCCUGCUCACAGCGUCACACGCUUCGUUCAGUACAUCCUGGCUAACCUGACGGGAUCCGUCACCAACCUCACGGAGAGCCAGUGCCAGAAUCCCAGCGAGCUCAGCACUGAGAACAAAGACUUGUUCUCGUAUUUCUGGGUGUCUGGUCCGGCGUCGGUCAACAGCACCAGUGAGCCGUUCUGCGUCCGAGCAUCCGUGCGUCUCUCCAAAGCCGUGUCUCCUGCCUUCGAGCUUCUGGAGUACGGCUCUCGAAAUUAUUCCACAUGGACCGAGUCCCGCUGGAAGAGCAUCCGAGCGCGCAUCUUUCUAGUGGCCAGCAAAGAACUGGAGAUGUUAACACUGGGAGUGGGCGUGGCCGUGCUGCUGCUGUCUCUAUUGGUGACGUACUUCAUCAGCUCGAAGGCGGAGCUUCUGUUCAGCUCCGCCCGUGAAACCCCCACAACGACCUACUGAACAAAUCCAGAGUCCAGAAUCUCCAGCGGCUCAUUCAUGCAUUUCCCUAACACAGAAACACACUUCAGUUCACGACUAAUUUAUUCAGACCUGGCUGGAUUCUUCUUGGUUUUGUCACACUGGUUUUAGCUGGGCUGGUCUGAACUGGUCUUGAAAGUGUUUUUUUUUUUUUUUAUAAUUCCAGAUGUUUUUUGUGAUCAUGACAUGGACGGGCACAAAACUAAAAGCUAAUUUUAAGUGUUUAAGAUGAGAAUAAGUGUGUAUGUG